UCCGCUUACCCCCCUCAAGAGAGAAAAAAAAUUCAAAUCGGAAAUCGGACGAGGGCACCAUGGCGGCCGCCGCCACCGCCGCCUCGGCCUCCUUUUCCGCCGCGUCCCUCCGCCGCAACGGGCCGCGCGUACACGGGUCCUCCCGCGUGGCCACCGUGGCGGUGGCGGCGACGACGGCAGCGUCGUCGUCCGCGGAGGCGGCGCUCGCGGCCGUCCCGGCGGCUCCGCCGGCGCCUAUGUUGCGGGUGGCUCCGGAGUCGCUGCAGCGGGAGAGCGGGUGCCUCGUAGCGGGCUUGCGGGAGCGCGGGGCGGCGGAGGUGGGGGAGGGGUUCGGGGACGCGGCGGGAGGAGGGCCCGGCGCGAUGGAGUACCUGACCAGCGUGCUGUCGUCCAAGGUGUACGACGUGGCCAUCGAGUCGCCGCUGCAGCUCGCCACCAAGCUCUCCGAUCGCCUCGGGGUCAACCUCUGGAUCAAGCGCGAAGACCUGCAGCCGGUAUUCUCAUUCAAAUUGAGAGGAGCAUACAAUAUGAUGGCGAAACUCUCCCGCGAGCAGUUGGCAAGGGGCGUCAUCUGCUCCUCUGCUGGAAACCAUGCCCAGGGAGUCGCUCUUUCCGCUCAGAGACUGGGAUGUGAUGCUGUUAUCAUCAUGCCAGUGACAACACCAGAAAUCAAGUGGAAAUCAGUGGAGAGGUUGGGUGCAACAGUAGUCCUUGAGGGGGACUCAUACGACGAAGCUCAGUCUUAUGCAAUGUUACGAUGUGAGCAGGAAGGCCGCACAUUCAUACCUCCCUUUGACCAUCCCGAUGUUAUCUCUGGACAAGGAACUGUCGGCAUGGAAAUUGUUCGGCAGCUGCAAGGCCCACUACAUGCAAUAUUUGUACCUGUGGGAGGUGGUGGUUUAAUCGCUGGAAUUGCUGCCUAUGUAAAACGGGUUCGCCCAGAGGUGAAAAUAAUUGGAGUAGAACCUUCAGAUGCAAAUGCAAUGGCAUUGUCCUUGUGCCAUGGUAAGAGGGUCAUGUUAGAGCAUGUUGGAGGGUUUGCUGAUGGUGUAGCUGUCAAAGCUGUAGGAGAGGAGACAUUUCGCUUGUGCAGAGAACUUGUAGAUGGCAUUGUUAUGGUCAGUCGAGAUGCUAUUUGUGCUUCAAUAAAGGAUAUGUUUGAGGAGAAAAGAAGUAUCCUUGAACCUGCUGGUGCCCUUGCUCUGGCAGGGGCUGAAGCCUACUGCAAAUACUAUGGUUUGAAAGGAGAAAGUGUGGUUGCAAUAACUAGUGGAGCAAAUAUGAACUUUGAUCGACUUAGACUAGUGACUGAACUUGCUGAUGUUGGUCGAAAACGGGAAGCAGUGUUAGCUACAUUUCUGCCAGAGGAGCAGGGAAGCUUCAAAAAGUUUGCAGAAUUGGUUGGCCGGAUGAAUAUUACUGAAUUUAAAUACAGAUACGAUUCUAAUGCAAAAGAUGCCCUUGUUCUUUACAGUGUUGGCAUCUACACUGACAAUGAGCUUGGAGCAAUGGUGGAUCGCAUGGAAUCUGCGAAACUGAAGACGGUUAACCUUACUGAUAAUGAUUUGGCAAAGGACCACCUUAGAUACUUUAUUGGAGGCAGAUCAGAAAUAAAAGACGAACUUGUUUACAGGUUCAUUUUCCCAGAAAGACCAGGUGCCCUUAUGAAAUUUUUGGAUGCAUUGAGCCCUCGUUGGAAUAUCAGCCUUUUCCAUUACCGUGCACAGGGUGCAACUGGAGCAAAUGUAUUAGUUGGUAUACAAGUGCCACUGGAAGAUAUCGACGAAUUCAUGAGUCGUGCUGAGAAUCUUGGGUACGAGUACAUGUCGGAGCAAAACAAUGAGAUAUACCGGCUGCUGUUGCGUGAUCCAAAGAUCUAAUGUCAUCGAGUCACAUCGAUGAACCGAUGGUUUCCUUUGCUCCCAUAAAUUGGUGAUACUUUCCAAGGAAGAUUACACUCCCAAGGUAGAAGGCGCACCUUGCUUCUUCUGUUGGAAUGAAGGCAUCGCCAUAUCUAUUUAUAGCUCUGUUGUGCCAUUUGUUAGCUUGUUAGAUCAUAGUGUAUCAGUGGUGUGCUUCUUUGUCUCAAUUUAUCGGUGAGUCACUAGAAUUUCUCAAAUAAUGAUAAUAAACAUAAUAUCUGAUAAUAAUAAUGUAAUUGGGCUUUGGGCUGCA